CGCUGCUGUACAAACCCAUCGACCGGGUGACACGGAGCACCCUCGUCCUGCACGACCUCCUCAAGCACACCCCUGCUGACCACCCUGACUACCCGCUGCUCCAGGACGCCCUCCGCAUCUCACAGAACUUCCUCUCCAGCAUCAAUGAGGACAUUGACCCCCGGAGGACAGCAGUCACGACCCCCAAGGGGGAGACCCGGCAGUUGAUCAAGGAUGGCUUCUUGGUGGAGCUGUCAGAGGGCUCGCGCAAGCUGCGGCACGUCUUCCUCUUCACCGACGUGCUGCUCUGCGCCAAGCUGAAGAAGACGGCGGUGGGGAAGCACCAGCAGUACGACUGCAAGUGGUACGUGCCCCUGGCCGACCUGCUGUUCCCCUCGCCGGAGGAAUCGGAGCACUGCUCGCAGGUCCAUGUCAUCCCUGACCACGAGCUGGAGGACAUGAAGAUGAAGAUCUCAGCCAUCAAGAGCGAGGUGCAGAAGGAGAAAGCCAACAAGGGGCAGAGUCGGGCCAUCGAGCGCCUCAAGAAGAAGAUGUUUGAGAACGAAUUCUGGCUGCUCCUCAACUCGCCUGCCAUUCCCUUCCGCAUCCACAACCGCAACGGGAAGAGCUACCUCUUCCUGCUGUCAUCUGACUAUGAGAGGUCCGAGUGGAGGGAGGCCAUUCAGAAACUGCAGAAAAAGGACCUCCAGGCCUUUGUCCUGAGCUCGGUGGAGCUGCAGGUGCUCACGGGGUCCUGCUUCAAGCUACGAACUGUCCACAACAUCCCGGUCACCAGCAACAAGGAUGAUGAUGAGUCCCCGGGGCUCUAUGGGUUCCUGCAUGUCAUUGUCCACUCCGCCAAGGGCUUCAAGCAGUCUGCCAACCUUUACUGCACGCUGGAGGUGGACUCCUUUGGCUACUUUGUCAGCAAAGCCAAGACCAGGGGUUUUCGGGACACCACAGAGCCACAGUGGAACGAGGAGUUCGAGAUUGAGCUGGAGGGCUCCCAGUCCCUGCGCAUCCUCUGCUAUGAGAAGUGCUACGACAAGACCAAGCUCAACAAGGACAACAACGAGAUCGUGGACAAGAUCAUGGGCAAGGGGCAAAUCCAG